CGUGUGUGUCAGCGAACUAGAUGCCCUUUCAUCCCGUCGGCAAAUCGUCAACACAUCACGAUUUCCUACACUCGGGUGAAUGCGGUUCUCGCGAUACAGCGUAGGUAAUAUUAUGAUAUGUAACAACAUAAAAGUAAACGAUAUCAAGACAAUGAUGUCCUGGUGGUUAUCGCAAUAAUAUUGUUAUUAAAUUAUUGCGAAUACAGUAAGAAACGAAAAUCAUUUAUCGUUUUCGGUUUUGUUUUUGUGGUACUCGCAAGUCAUGAAGACCGACGAAGAAAACGUUAGUUGGACCAGCGAAAUGUCUAAUCAACCUACUGGAACAGAAUUUUCACCUUCGUUAAUUAGUGCAAAGGUCAUAAGUUCUACUCCCCCAAAUGAAUUCACGCCAAACAAGGAUGAAAUUUUACCAAGGCCAAAUUCUGUACUGUUCGAGAUGUCAACAGCAAAGCAUUUGUCUACACUGAGCACUUCCGUAAAAAAAUUACCUCAUCAAAUGAAAAGGGAUUCAAUGACAAUUGAAGAGUUACAUAAUACCUGGAGAAAAAUGGGAGCGCAAGCUCUUGCUACGACUCUGUCUGCUCUAUAUGGUAAAUUAUUGGUCGUCAUGGGCAUAGCUUUUCCGAUGUCUGAAGUGAUAUCUACUCACAUUCCUCAUUCAUUUUAUGAGGGUUAUUAUUUGUACCUUUAUUUCGGAAGUAUGGCGUUUCUUUUUUAUAUGUACGCGAUGCUGCUUAAGGGUAAGCCCACGAUGACACCAGUCAACAAUAACUUCAAUAAUUCAGUAAGCGAUUCCUUAUCCGGAAGUGGUUCGGAAAAUAGCGAUGGAGACUCGGAAUAUUACGAAGACAACGAUGACGAAUUUACGAAUACCGCUGGCGUCGAAAUGGACCAUUGGGCAUCGCACGUUUCGAAAGCUCGGAGACAAUCGUCUCACCUCGUGUUACCGUCUACAUUUCAGCAUUACGGAAGUUUUUAUCUGAGAAUGGGUGCCGUUGCUUUCGGCAUAGGUAGUAUGAUUUAUUCGGGUCUGGAAUUCGGUCAAUACUUCGAACUCGAACCGGCGACUAAAUGUCAUAAUGUGCUUCUAGUGCUCACGCCGGCUACAAGAAUGGCAUUCAUAUUUAUACAGAUGUACUUUAUAUUUUUAAAUGACGAGCAACAAAUGAAAGUGACACGUCACCGAGUAUUGGCAAAAUUUGGACUCAUGCACAUGAUCGGCACUAAUCUAUCAGUAUGGCUCAAUGUACUCGUACAAGAAACCAAACACGAAAUACUAACUUUUUACAAUCCUGCGGACAAUUCUAUCGGUGUCGAUAAACAACCAAAUCAUUUUUCACUGUUCAAAAAGUGGACGACCACCACGACGCAGUCACCGGCGUCCGUUAUGUCGUCGGUGGCCGAACGGUUGCGGCGCAGCAUCAACGCGGGCCCGCACCACAUCUACGAGUGCCGCCGGACGAACAUCAUCGGGUCGCUGGUGCAAAACGCCAGCCCGUUCCUGUUCCCGUGCACGAUCGAGUACAGUCUGAUAUGCGCGGCCAUACUGUACGUGAUGUGGAAGAACAUCAGCCGGGUGCACGCGGACGUGUACCGGCAGCGGAAGGCGGAACGGUGCGAGAACCUGGCGCAGAUCACGCACUACCGGAAGUCGCCGCACUACUACUCGGUGGACUGCGCGCAGGCGCACAAGGGCCUGUUCGUCGGCAUACUGUUCCUGGUGCUCACCAUCAUCUCGCUGAUACUGUUCUUCGUGCUCAUCUCUCGCCCGGAGCUCAUCACGUUCGCCGUCAUGGAGGUGAACGUCUGCGAGCUGUCGCUGUACGGCAUGACCACGCUUGCCACCAUUGUCGGCAUGAUGCAGGUCAGGCAGCUGAAGUUCGACGGUCUGCGGAACCUCGAGCUGGACAACAUACUACUGGUGGGUGCACAGACGGGUACGUUCAUAUACAGCACGUUCACGAUAAUCAGCGGUCACUUCACCGAGGAGAACAACACGAUACUGGUGCUGAUCACCGCGUCCGCGUCGCUGGUGCAGACGUUUUGCCAGACGGUGUUCAUACUAGACGCGUCCCGGCGGUCGUGCGUAACUCCCGACCAGAUACGCAAGAAACCCGGCAGGGAGAUCGUCACGUUCCUGUUGGUCAGCAACUUAGCCAUGUGGGCAAUCAACACGCUGGAAAAGUCCCGGGCCGACUCGCACCCCAUACAGCUUCACUUCUACGGCCUGUGGGCGUGGACCAUCAUCACGCACGUAUCCAUGCCACUGGCCAUAUUCUACAGGUUUCACUCGACCGUGUGCCUGUGCGAGAUCUGGAAACGGUCAUACAAGAUCAAACCGUCGUAUAUGUGAGGGGGUGAGGCGGCGCGGUCCGCUCUACGUCCUCUCCCGAAACCGUACCACAAAAAUCAUUUAAUGUAUAGUAUACGCGUAUUUAAUAUCAAUAAUGUUAUUAUAACAUGUUUGGCAGAAUCGCGUCGGGGACUGGGCCCGUUUAGUUACCGGUUCGGUUCCUCGGCUCUUCAAAAUUUCAGUUUUUAUUGCAAAGUAUAUCAAUCAGUUUCGAUACGAUUCAUUUAUGAAUGUAUGUUAAUUCUACCCAAUAUGAGUAGGUAAAAGAAGGUCCACGGUAAAUUCCAUCACGAAAAUUUUUUAGAUACGAUUUAAAUGUAUUCGAAUUCGUGAGUUGACCAAAUUAGUUCCAGUUUGGAAUUCGACUUUUUAAAACAUAAUAAGCUGAAUUGAUUUUUAUUUAAGAUUUAGAUGUACUUUUUCAUCUGAAAAACAGUUUCAGUAGUGGUUCGGUAUCAGAAUCAUUUUUUUUAAUUCUACGGAGGUUCCUACUAAUCUGUUAAAUUUGUCUACAUUGUGAUUGACGUUAGUAGAAUUUACAACUUCGUACUCUAAUCUUACGCUACUGUGAUGUUUAUGUAAAGCUGGUGUAACUGUUAGUACUUAGAUUUAUUCUGAAAUGGGCUAAAGACCGCGAGGACUUACAAAUAUCAUAUAAAAUAUAGAUAAAACUAGGAAAUAACUGGUAAAAUUAUUCUGGACGUCUUUUAAAUUUAAAACAAUAUUGAAAACUGAAACAUAAUACUAUUGGGUAUACCCGAUAUUGUAAUAAUUACAAAUUGAUAUAGUAAAUAAUAGCUUAAAACCAAAUGGUGAUGAAUUCAAUUAGUAGAAUAGAAAAGUAGAUGCAAAAUGGUAAGUGAGGUAACUAAUUUGGUAUUAACCAUGAUUUCCACACAAACUAUAAAUUCAAUUUAAGUUAACAAUUUUAAGAACUCUUUUGUGCGCAGCAAUGAUUUAAACGCACUAGAGAUUAUCGAGAAUAAUUAUGUUUUAUUAUAUACCGAUAAUACUCAUAUGAUUUGAUUAUCUACAAAUGCAUCAAAGAUUUUUAUGCGAACCAAAAUUUACCUUAUUCACUGCAAUUCUAUUUUAUUAUAGAAGAAUUUUUCAAGAAAACUAAUAAAAUAUUUUUUAAUAUUCCACAGUCGUACUUAGGUAGCACGUUGGGACAUGUAAGUAUAGGAUAAAAUUAUGGCUAAAUUUUAUAAAUCUGAGUGUGGGUAAAAAUUAAUAUUGUUAGAAAAUAAUAAUUAAUUUUAUUGUUCUUUAAAAUUAAAACAUUCAUACAUUUAAAAUUAUUAUCAUUAACACAGUUUUAUUUUACUUACUCAUUUUGGGUAGAAUUUAUAACCAUCAAUUUUAAUGUAACUGGCAAAACGGUUUUAUAACUUAAUAAGUUAUCAAAACUAUCAUAGCUAUUCAUUAUCAUUAUGCAUUGGUAAAUUUUGAAAAUAUCAAGUUAUUUGGUAAAAACUAUUUGCUCUAAACAACAGUUCCGGUUUAAAAAAUAUUUAAUUAUAGAUUUCAGUGAGAAUUCAUUUUCAAUAUUCCGGUUAUUUUAUACGCCCGUACUACUGUCGUCAUAUAGAUAUUAUCGUAUUAUUAUUAUUAUUAUUUAAUAUUUGUUAUAUUAAAAUAAUUUUAUGACUUGUGCGUUAAUAUUGUAUAUUGUAAUGAAUGGUUCUAGUAAUUAUGUAUGAAUCGUCAAGUAUGUACUUUUACUUAUUUUAAAAUGAUAAAUUGGAAAUAUACUGAGACGUCAUAUUGAUUUCAGUACGUUUACCUACCAAAUCAUUAAUUUGUGUCCACAUAAUUAUAAA